CUCAUGGUUUGUGGACUGAGAAAACAAAUUAAUUUUUUCUUUCCCGUUUCAUUUCACGAUCUCUCUCUCUUCUCUUGUGUUCUCCGAAGGCGACAGAGAAAGAACAAGGUCUCGAUCAUCAUCAUCCGACGGUGGAUCAUCAAAUCGGAAGAGAAAAUCCGAAGAAACUUGAUUGUGUAGAUCGUGAUGAAUUUGUUUUUUUUUUUAGAUGUUAUCGAAAUUAGGGUUUGUCGAAUUGGGAAUUGAUGAAAGAUAAAUUAGGGUUCUUUGAUGUAAACGCAAUUAGGUUGCUUUGAAUACAUAAUCAGUCUCUUUCUUCGUUAUUAGACAUGAUUGAAGACGAUUUUUUGCCUUUAGAUUGUUUGUUUCCAUUCGGAUUUGAUAUCAAGUUGAAUCUCUGUUUUGUAUGUCUCUCUGUUUCUCUGAAGAAGAGCUAGACAUAGAUGACAUUGACAUCGACGAUCAUCAUCAUAGUCAACAACAAGAGAAGCCUAAAGAACAAGGGAUAUUGUCACGGCUUAGUAAGCAGAAGAUGGUGAAUAGGUUUAGCAAUUUCAAAGGUAAGCUGAAAAAGAUGGCAACUAAGAAUGAGAAGAGUGUUGUAACCAAUGAGAAAAGCAUGAGGAGAAAAACGGUGCCACAGUCGAUCAGAUCAAGAAGAAAUACGGGUUUAACUCGUCCGAGGAAAUGGGAGCUGCCAAAAUGGCUUAGAGCAAACUUCAAGACAACCGGAAAAAGUUAGAGGGAAUUAGCUUGAGGACGACGGAAAUGGAAGAUACUGCAAAGUCUUUCUCCUCUACGGCAAAGGAACUACUAAGUGUUGUUGAGUUCAAUAAACAGAGCUCAAAAUCUUAGCAUUCUUUUUCUCUCCAUUAACUUUUUUAUAAGCUUAUAUUCUUAAAGAACUUUGUAUGUCAAAAUUACCUUUCAUUUUGUUUUUCCAUAUUGCUAAACAAUACUGUAAAUACUUUCUUCAAAGUUAUACAAGUGUGAGAGUUUUUCA